ACCAAUAUUCUAUUGGUUAUGUGUGAAAACGAAAUGGGCCAUUGGGCCAAUCAUCUAAUAAGCCUUUGAGGCAUGAUGAUUAAUGAAGGAAGUAGAGAAAGUCCCACAUCGGGGAGAACUGGAAGAGAUGAGGAGUAUAUAUAUGUACUCACUCUAACUCUUGUUCAAAUGGCGCACAUGAGAGGAUAGGCUCGCCCCCCACGCGCGCGCCGCCGCCGCCGUCCGGCCGGCUCGGCGUGGGCGUGGGUGUCGGGCCAUAAGAAUUAUUCUUUUUGGACCAAGUUAAGCUCAACGCUUUGCCAUUUUAUUUCUAAAAAACAGCAUGACAUUUGUGUAAGACGAAGUUUAUCUGUUCGAAAUGGAUCAGAACGAGAUAAGAGAGAGUCUUGAGGAAGAAGUUUCGGAACUCAACUUCCCUCGAUCUCCGCGAGAUUCUCGCCCACGUGCAGCAGCUGUUGCGGAAAGUGGGUCUUCUCCGGCUCUUUAAAUAUCGUCUCUCCUCUUCCUUCAUUUCUAAAUUUUUUCGAAAUCAAAAUCCAACAGCAAAAAUCCCUCUGCGUAAGUCUAUAUUGCGAGAGUGUUUCGUAGAGUUUAUAGUUCGAUAGGGCGAUCACGAGUGAGGCGUGAUUCGUCUGCCAUGGUUGUAUCCUGGAACUCUAUAUUCGUACAGUCCCGUCUUACUAACGGAGCGAAUAUUUUGAGUUAAGGAAAGAGAUCAUAUCUCGACUCCAUGUCUCUUAGCGAAUAUGAUUUCUUAUCGUUCUUGUAUUCGUUUUUUAUAUUCGUUUAAUUUCCUUAACAUCGCUUUUAUUUUAUCGUUUUUGCCAGUCCGGUUUGCCGGCUUCUACAAUUAUUGCAGACUUGCAGUGUCUUCUAUGGAGUUUAUUUUUUAGCUUCUUUUGUUUUACAUCUCGACCUUUCUAAAAGUUUGUUUUACAUUCAGUUACACGACAAGUUCGUUUAUGAAAUCUCCAUGAACCGGAGUGGUUUUCUAUAAACCGAACAAUAUUAAAACAUUAAUAAAACUCAAGAUUGCGAACCGGAAUUGAACGCUAAACCGAAAGUGUUGCCUACUAUAUAAAGUACACGAGAAGAUAGAGAGAGGGAGAAUCUGUUAUUAGCAUCUUUACGCUUUCGAGAUACGUAACUACGAAGAGGAUGAUGAUGUUUCUGCAGCUUCUUACUCCGAUCCUGUUGCUCCCUCUCUUGAUCCCGUCUUCCUCUGGUGAAGCAGUUAACUCAAGUGAGAACGCACUACAUCUAAACCUUUGUAAUGCGUUCCAUGGCAACACUUGUUGCUCUUCUUCGUUAGCUCUCCAGAACCUAGCUACUCACGGAGAAGCUUCUAAAGAUUGCUUGUACUUGUUUGAGCUUUUGGAAUGUUCAAUCUGUCAUCCAGAUGUUGGGGGUCCUCUUCGCAUUUGUGCCUCGUUCUGUGACAGUGUCUUUAAGGCUUGCUCUGAUGCUUACUUUAGUACUAGUGAUUCCACUAAUCAGGUUAUAGUACCGUGUGGAGCAAGAAAUGGUACCUACAUCUGUGAGAAAGCUUCAAAGUUGGAGACUAACGGCACAUCAUUCUGUGAAGCAGUGGGGUUCUCUGUUCAAGCAGGUGAUGAUUCUGUAGAAGUGCCUUGUUACGGAAGCAAGAGAGUUUUGGUGACAGUGGUGGAGUCAUUUAAAAAGACUGUGCGGCUUCAAGAUGUUAAGAACAAGGUGGUGAUGAUUAAUCUGCAGAUGUGUUGGAGUGCAUCAGUUCUUGCACUAACAAUAACGCUCGUGAACAUGUUGGUUUACCAGCAGGAGAGGGAUGAGAGAAGAUUGAGAAGAAGGAAUAGGAAUAGGAAUAGGAAUAGAAGAAGAUUCUAA